CCAGCCUCUGAUAACAGGCGCCACAGCAUCCGGGAGAGGAUGUCCAGUGCCAACGAGAAAGGGAGCCUGUCCAUGGAGUCCACCAAGGAGACGCGGUACUGUGCGGUCUGCAACGACUACGCUUCAGGCUACCAUUAUGGGGUCUGGUCUUGUGAGGGUUGCAAAGCAUUUUUCAAAAGGAGCAUUCAAGGGCAUAAUGACUAUAUGUGUCCUGCUACUAACCAGUGCACCAUCGACAAGAACAGAAGAAAGAGUUGCCAGGCUUGCCGACUAAGAAAAUGCUAUGAAGUGGGAAUGAUGAAAGGUGGAAUCCGGAAAGAUCGCAGAGGUGGGCGAAUGAUGAAACAAAAACGUCAAAGAGAGGAGCAGGAUUCCAGGAAUGGGGAGGCUUCUUCUACGGAGCUGCGAGCUCCCACUCUUUGGACGAGUCCACUGGUGGUUAAACACAACAAGAAGAACAGUCCAGCCCUGUCGCUGACGGCGGAACAGAUGGUCAGUGCCUUGCUGGAAGCUGAGCCACCCAUAGUUUAUUCUGAAUAUGACCCAAAUAGACCAUUCAACGAAGCCUCUAUGAUGACCCUGUUGACAAACCUUGCAGACAGAGAAUUAGUGCACAUGAUCAACUGGGCAAAGAGAGUUCCAGGAUUUGUGGAUUUAACACUCCAUGAUCAGGUCCAUCUACUGGAAUGUGCCUGGUUAGAGAUACUGAUGAUUGGCUUAGUCUGGCGCUCCAUGGAACACCCAGGAAAGCUUUUAUUUGCACCUAACCUAUUACUGGACAGGAAUCAAGGGAAAUGUGUAGAGGGCAUGGUGGAAAUCUUUGACAUGCUGCUGGCUACUGCUGCUCGGUUUCGCAUGAUGAACCUUCAAGGGGAGGAAUUUGUGUGCCUUAAGUCCAUCAUCCUGCUCAAUUCUGGUGUGUACACUUUUCUUUCCAGCACCUUGAAAUCUCUGGAAGAGAGAGACUACAUUCACCGUGUUCUGGACAAAAUCACAGACACUCUGAUACACUUAAUGGCUAAGUCGGGUCUUUCUCUGCAGCAGCAACACAGACGACUGGCUCAGCUCCUCCUCAUCCUCUCUCACAUCAGACACAUGAGCAACAAAGGAAUGGAGCACCUGUACAAUAUGAAGUGUAAAAACGUAGUUCCUCUCUAUGAUCUCUUGCUGGAAAUGCUGGAUGCUCAUCGACUGCAUGCUCCAGCAGCCAGGAGUGCUGCACCGAUGGAAGAGGAGAACCGGAGCCAGCUGACCACUGCAUCAGCUUCAUCUCAUUCCUUGCAGUCUUUUUAUAUAAAUGGCAAAGAAGAGGAGAACAUGCAGAAUACAAUAUAAACAAAAGUCAGCAUAUGUAAUGGUAUGAGAAACCCAGCAGCAUACUACCUAGCUCAUGCUUCAUUUCGUCUAUAGUGCCAUCUAUGUAAACACUCCAAUGACAACAGUCACCUGCAUUUUCCCUUUGAGUGUUUGUCAAGCACUUGCCUAAACUGAUUGCUUAUCCUAGACAGAAGACAUUUCAUUGCUGUGGUCAGCCAGUAAGGAUUGUCAGGCUCACCUGAUUUAAAAUUUGUAGUGUUUUUAUUCAAUUUUGCAUGUAAAUUGGGUAAGUCCCAAUCUAAACAGAACAUUCAUUUUACUAUAAAUUAAUAGGCCAUACCACACAUGCGUAUUGGUAUAUUCAGAGUGGUAGCCUUUGUUGAUGUCCACCAUGAAUUCUGAGCUUGCUUAAUCCUUUACUUGCUUGCGACUUUGAAGAAGUUUGGUAGAGAUUCUGGAUGACCUUUUCAGGGGAGUAAAUGGAAAGUUAAUUGGCAUCUUAGUAUGCCAUGGUGAAACUGCACUGCUAGUGACUGCCCUGGUAGUUCAGGUAGAUUCCUGCCUCUGUUCUUCCUGCAGUAGGAAGGAACCCCUAUCUGAGAACAAUACUGUUUUACCUUGCUGGCUUACAUCAGCACACAACUCUCUCUCAAGACCACACCGAUCAAACUUUCAGGUCCCCUUACCAUAUCUGCUAGCUGAAUUGUAUUGUGUGCAUCUUUUCUUGUCUGAUUCUACAAAGCUAAAUCAUUCUGUUGCUUGGCAGUGUAACAAGGCAAAUGGUGAUAACAUAGAUAAUUACUCUUAAAUCAGACCAGGUGUUUACAAAAAUCAUCAGGUCUUAAAAAAAAAAGUCUUCACACACAUACAUGAUCCAGCACUGUU